AAGUUGGUAACAAAGCUGAAAGAGCUUGAGUUUUCGGAAGAUUGUAAAAUCCUUGACGUUGGUGCCGGAACUGGGCUGGUCGGAGAGGAGCUUUGUAAGAGGAAAUUUACCAACCUUGAUGCCCUAGAUGCGUCAGACGCCCUUCUCAAAGAAGCCGACAAGAAAGGGGUUUACAAGAACUUCUUUGUUGAUGUCCUGGGUCCUAAUAGACGGAUACAGUUUUGCGAUGACUGCUAUGACGUAGCUAUUGCCGUUGGAGUGUUUACUCGAAACCACGUGAAGGCGGAAGGCGCCAUGGAUGAAAUGGCACGAGUUGUCAGGCCAGGCGGAUUGGUCAGCUUCACGAUAAGAGAGGACGUGAUGUUUGAAGAAGAAUAUGGUUACGAAGCAAAAAUGGAGCAGCUGUGUCGAGAGGAAGUCUGGAAACUUGUGUCUAAGAGUGAGGAAGAUUAUCACAGCAAAACCGACAUCAGGAAAUGCUACUUUUACAUUUAUCAAGUUUUGUAGUUUUGUAAUCAGACUAAACAAGUUUCAGCCAAGGGCAAGUAGUAGUAGUUAUUACUAGGUUUCUUCAUUAUUCAAUUAUUUAUUCAGCCAGGUAAGAUUUCCUUACACCUCUAUACUUUAUUAUGCACAGAGUUCUUGGAUAAGAAAAAUUAUUGAAAAAAUUUUUAGACGCUCGUGAACUUUUGCUAGAAAGUAAGCCUUUGUCUUUCUGAAAUACAGAAUGUGGUAGGUCUUAAAAGUUUUCGCCUCAAGGCGAGACUUGAAAAACAGGUAGCUUUUAUCUUGAGGGACUCAAACGUGGCAGUCAAGUGAGAUAAGACUUUUUGUCUGGACAAGGUGCUACACAUAAGAUUCCCAUAUUCGAUAAGUUCUCGGUUUUGGGUUAAAAUGUACAAUUGUAGGUUGCUUAGGGGUAGAUUGAGGCACUGACUAUCAAAUUUUGAGCCGAACUUUUUUUGAUGUAAUCAAUUCUCAUUCAUUCAUUGUUUCCAUUUUGUGGAGUUUCCAAGCUGCACUGCAGCAAAGUUCACGAUUAAAUCUGUUCUACAGUCCAUUACAAAUGAAACUGUUUCUCGGGUGUUUAAAUUGGCUGUUGGUGAUGUAUGGUCAAUUUAAGUGACAUUUGUUCGCUGUUUUAGAGAGUAUGGUAUUCAUCAAAGAGGUCCUUCUUGUCUUUGAAGCGCGGGGCAGAAGGAAUAUUCUUACUAGUCCCUCAUCCAGCUUCAUAGGAGAAGUAGGGCAGUUGUCUUUUAAGCAAAAACAGGCAUAAUUUGCUAAUGGGGCUGCCGUUCUUAGGCAUCGUAAAAUUUGGUAUUUACACUUUUUUCUUUUCCAGAGGACAAUCAGGAAAUGUACGACGUUUUAAAAUACACACGUGGAGCUCUUUCACCCAGCUUCACAUUAGAUGUUUUGUUUCGCCACGUAAUCGAUGCUAACGUUUAAUACUGUCUACCAGACGGGUUCAAAAAGUGGCGUAAGUUCGUUCAUUAUGGGCUUUUACAAUUUUAGAUGUGUAUUUUUAAUAAUGGGCACAACCAAAAUAUCGAUUUUACGUUUCAGUUCAUUUUAUAGCCGUCCAUUUAGAGAGGAAGUGAUUGAAAGCUGGUGAAGUUGGAAGAAAAGACUAAACUAAAUUUUUUAGCGAGAUGAGGGGGA